UGACGCGGAGGGUCCCCGUCUGGUCGGGCGAGCGCUGCAGCCCCCGCCGCCCCGGAGGAGAAGAAGGAAGAGGAGAAGGAGGAGGAGGAAGGAAGGAAGCGUCUGGCGGUCAGCGCGAGGACCCCGCUGCAAGGACGCGCCGGCCGAGCAUGUCCCUGUCGCCGCUGCUCGCCGCCGCCCUGCUGCUCGGGGCGGCCCUGGCCCAAGCCCAGGCCCAGUUCCUGUCGGCGGACCCCUCCAUCGCGCUGCAGCCGCCGCCACUGCACCACGGCGCCUUCGCCACCUUCGGCGCGCAGCCCGUGGCCGUGGCCCAGCCCCAGAGCUUCCUGCAGCCGCUGCCCAUGCUGCGCCAGCAGCAGCAGCAGCAGCAGCCCCUGGCGCACCACGCCGUGGUGAGGACUGCCGAGGACGAGGCCCGCCUCCCCGAGGAGCUGCGCAACAACUUCUACAAGGACCCACGCAUCGCCGAGGGGCUCGCCAAGUCGUCCUGGUUCACGCCCGGCGAGGAGCAGGUCCUGGACCGCGAGGCCGAGAAGAUCCCUCGCGAGCAGAUCUUCAAGCUACUCAAGAACGCGGGGCUGGCCCGCCGCCGGUAGGCUAGGCCUGGCAGACGGCUACGAUCCUCUCUCUCUCUCCCUCCCUCCCGCUCUCUCCCACCCUCAUUUGGCGAGAGAGAUAGAGUGAGUGAGAGGUGAGACGUGCCUUAGCUGUGUAGGUUAUCGUAAUUAUGGAAGUGCCAGUUUGUUUACUACGAUUGCAUCGCAUCAAGUCGUGGGUUCCAGAUCAGAAGCGAAUCCAACGUGUGUGGAAUCACGUUAUAAAUCAGAAGCGACUCCUUAAAAAAAACAUGAACAAACUUUGGGAUACUUACUGGCUACUUCCCACCUCCGUACAAAACGAAAGGUGCCUGGAAAAAUAUUUUUAAUGUGCCCCAGAUAUGCUGCUGAGAGUGUCACGGAGUGUCACUCAAAGUUAAGGGGAUGUAACUAUUUAACAUUUUUGUUCGUGAUAAACUUUUUAAAAAUUGCCUGCUAUAUUUAAGCUGCUGUAAGCCAAGAGAAGAGGUCAGCCUCUCUCUGGUCCUAGUGUAGUCGCGCCAAGAUGACGGCGCGGGACUGCCCGUCUUUUCACAAAGUGCCAAUUAAUAAUUCCGCGUCAUUCCGCUGUGCUGUAAAAAAUACUGUCCGUCCAUAAUCGUAGAAAUGGAUUAUGAAAAUUUUCUCAAAGACAGAGACGCAAAACCUUAAGAAUAUUUUCUUUUUGUAGAUUUGCGAUGUAUUUUCUAUUGCAUUUGGGAACUGCUCCUACGUCUAUAGGAGGUUUUUUUUUUCAAAAAAAUUGUGAUGUGUUUUUACAGCGUUGUGGACUGACCUACUGACGCCAAUGCUCGGGGCUAAGCUCAACUAGACGUUACGGAAUACGUUUCUUAAGAGAAUAAUUAUUAUGCUACGUGUCAUCAUAGAGUAGGUAAAUCACCUUUCAUCCUUUAUUUUCUUCGAUAGAUUUGUCAUUUAUCUAUCUGUUAGAGUACGUGAUUUUUGUUUUUGAAAGUUCCUCUUUCAAUAAUGAGUGUUAUAAGUGUGUGUUCCUGAUUUUAUGUGUAUGUAGAGAGCGUUUUAGUAUGCAUGUACGUGUGUGGAUCCGUGUGUGUGCGUGGGUGAGAGAGAGAGAGAGAGAGUCAGUGUGUAUCUGUUUCUGUCUUCGGAUGUGAGUGUGUACUUGUAAUUAUUAAGACGUUAGAUUGUAUAGAUAGUUUGCUCAUCAUAAUGAUUGUGUGUGUGUGUGUGUGUGU